UAAAAGAAUUUAGUUUCAAUGUGUUGCUAAAAAUUUAAAUUUGUACGAUUUUAACUUGGCUUUUCCGAAAAAUCCUAUUACUGUGUGUAAGCACACAAUUUGCAUGCGCUUGUAUGUGUGCAGGGAUGACAGGAAGUGAAAGGAAGUGUACGUUAAAAUAAACCAAAAAGCAAAAUAACAUAGGGAAAUCACUUGUAAAAACAUUUCGGUACUUGCGUUACGUUACUGAGUGUCGUGCCUUGGUGCGUGGUUACUAUCUUCUCCUCGCAUCAUUGUGUGUUCUAUAUAUAUAAAUUUAUUUAUAUGUAUGUAUGUUUAUAUAUAUAUAUAUAUACAUAAAGAUAUAAAUUUAUAAGUAUUUAUGUAAAGUGUAGCUAAAAUAUACAAAGCGUAACAUUAAAGGCUCAUGUCCGACCAUAAGGAAGAUAAUAGAAAAAUUCUACGUUUAACUUAAGUCAACAGCGGGAAAGUAGGCAAACAUUUUUUGAUUUACUGCGAAAGGAGUAAUAAAUUUUUAUAAGUGCUGGAUUAUCGAAAACCUAAAAUCUCUACGCAGCGAGUUUCUAGGAUGUAUGUCUUUUCCUCUUCAGUCGUUACUUCAUCAACCAAUAAAUGGUUCCUAUAAACUACAAUCGCAGGCAUGUCUAAAUAAUCCACAACCGGCGGUGCAAUUGCAAACUGCAACCACACCGACGACCAUAACCACGACUAUCACUCACAUUCAUCAACAACAACAAAACGAGCACACCAUGUCCACACUAAUACGCCAGAAAAGUGAUGAGGACGUCAUAAGUAUUGAUAGUAUGGCACAGGCGGCAGGGGCAGAUCAACCGAUGGUGUUAAGUAAAAAAGCUUUACACCAACGUGACGCAGAUGAAAAUUUAUUUUUACGUUUUCUUGAAUUGGAUCCGCCCACAGACACCACAACGAAUACAACCACUGGUGCCAAUAAUAAUGCCGCCGGCACACAGUCUUCUAACUCUGGGCGACGUCUAUCUUUAACAGGAAAACCUAUUGGUCGUACUCCGUUUACCAUGACAAAGAAAUUAACACGCACCGCUGAACGUGGUUUUGGUUUUUCAAUUGUUUGGACACAUCCGCCACGUGUUGAAAAAAUUGAAUCUGGUCUAUCGGCUGACCGUAGUGGCAUAUUGCCUGGUGAUUAUGUUAUAUUUGUCGAUAAACAUAAUGUUGUCACAAUGCCAGAAGCUGAUGUUCUGAAUUUAAUACGAUCGCAGGGUUCCACCCUGACAUUGGAGAUUUUCAGAAGGUCCGGUUCUGGUGGUGCAGUUGCUCCAGCACUUAGUUUUACUGGUCGUUCGAAUGCUACCACUGUACUGAUGAAUGGCAAAACAUCACGUGUUGCUAGUGCAGCUAGUAAUUAUGCAAGCGAUGAAUUGCAGUCGACAACCACUACAGCUACCGCGGCUGCACUUGCAGCAGCAGCUACGAUAACACCAUUCCGUCGUACAGCACCUUUACCACCAAGUGUUGCUAGUGUUGCUGCCAAUGUGCGUCCAUCCACCGCUUGUUCGGGCGGCACUUCAUCAUCGAUUGAAGCAGCUAAGAGGCGCUUAAACUUGCCACAAGUAACAUUUAGUAAAGAGUCGAUUGUACCGGUUACCGAUAAUCGAAGACGUUUUUUACUGCAACUUAUAAGCCGAGAGCAAAACUUUAUAUCGACUUUACACUUUGGCAUGCAACGAUAUGUUCAAGCUUUACAGGAUCGAAAGGACUUAAUUUCACCCAAUGAUCAUCGAACGCUUUUUCAAAAUAUCGAUGAACUUUUACGCAUUUCCGAAGAUAUUUUGGAACAAUUAUGUAGUGAUGAUCAAGAGCCUCAAAUGAAUUUUGCUUCCCGUGUCUAUUUAUCGAAAACAACAGCGAUUUGUGCUGCUUACAAAAAAUACUGCAAUGGCAUUAAGAGAGCUGACUGCGUAUUGGUGAAUAAAUCACGUCAAACUGGUUCCGAGUUUGUUACAUUUAUAACAGAGCCUCAUGUGCCACGUAAACGUCCAGAUCUAACAAUGUUCAUACAUCGACCACUUCAACAUUUCCGCGAAAUACUAAAACUUAUGCAAAUGCUAGCGUCCAAUUGUCAUGUAGAUACUGAAGAAUAUAAGAAUUUUAGUAGCGUCAUAAACGAAUUGCAAGCAGCUUACAGAGAAAUUACUGUCAGCAGUGGCCUUAUGGAACCUCUAGGAGAGGGUCGACCACUUUUAACUUUACAAGAUUUAGAAUCUCGUAUGGUGUUUACGAAAUGUAAGCCAUUUACCCUAGCAGUGCAAGGACGACAAUGGAUUUUCGGCGGUGACUUAUCACGUGUAGAAGGUCGAUCGGUAAAACCUUACUGGACUUUAUUGUUUAGUGAUAUAAUCGUUUUCGCAAAAGUAAGUCGAGAUCGUGUGCUUUUCAUCACCGAAGAACCUAUACCAAUUGCUAAUGUUGUCGACUCAUGUUUUCAUAUGCGAAAGAAAACUACUGAGUUUCGUCUUACAGUAGAUCCAAAUGGCAGAUUAGCAGAAAGUCCAACCGGAUAUUGUGCACCUGACUUAGCACGUACACCCAAAAAAGGCGCACGAAGAAAGAGUUUAGUACUGCGUGCACCGUCAUUGGAAUUGAAAGCUGUUUGGCAAAAUCUGUUACAACGUCAAAUUUUCCUUGUUAACGCUGCACUUGGGUCAACACCACUGUCUAGUCCUUUAGAUUCACCAGAUGUGCUCAACACACUUGUACCACUUAGUGAUAUAGGUGUUGCUACCACAUCGAUCGGUUCAAUAAAACUUUCGUCCAUGGAUAGUAUUAAUUUGAAGAACCAGCAACAGCGGCUUUCUAAUGCUUCCGAUCAGAUUGAUAUGUUAAUAGAUGAAAAAUGUCGUAUUCUUAAUAAGACUGGUACCUCUAAAUCGAAUGCAAUACAUUUAGCCAAUUGGAUGAAAGGUCAAUUGGACAAGCAGCAAGAACAAGCACGUCUAGCAGCAGAACGUCAUCGAGAUCAUAUAAGUCAAGAAGAUGAACAUUUAUUAUACCCAGAAAGCGAUCAUGAUGAGAGAAUAACAUAUUGGACACGACAACAAUUAGAGAAGCGUACCAUAGAACUAAACUUAGCAAAACAAAAUGGAGAUUUACGCGGUAAAAGACUAAGUGGUGUAGAGGAGCUGAGCGUUAGUGAUGGAUAUUCAGAGAAUGUCAGUCAGAUAAGUAAAUCGCACAGUACCACAUCGGAUAGUCAGAUCACUGUGCGCUCAAGUCCUAUAGUACUAGAUAAACUUGCUGUUUGUCGUCAUUGUCAUAAAAAUUGUCAACAAUCAGGUAAUUCAUCACAACAACAACAUCAUUUGCGUCCUUCAUCUACCUCACCAACUAAAACAGCUGCAUUACUUUGUAACUCUCUAAAAGUGCAGCACAGUCAAUCUUCACCAAAUCGUUGUUGUAAAGUGAAUGGUAAUAUUAGUCGUACAGGUAGUACUUCCAGUAUAUCAUCAAGCACAAUAACCGGUGAACAACCCAGUGAACAUUCAUCAAAAAUAUUAGCUAGUAGUAGUAAGCCUGAAACUGGUGAUACUGAAAGUGAUGUUGCUCAAUUAAUAACCGAUGAACUCUCUCAAUCAGAGGCGACUGAUGUUAGCGUGGGCGCUAUCCCGACCAGCAGUAGCAGCGGAAUCGAUGAAAUCCAACGCAGGAUCACCGACAGCAUCAGUAAACUACGAAUUUUAGACGAAGACAACGAAACAGAAAAACUAAAUAAUAAAGAAAUCAUUAUGAAUGGUCAUUGUUCGAGUUCUUCGGGUGGUGAAAAUGAUGAUAAAUUUAUGGAUAAGCAUCGAAAUACAAAUGCACCAAUUCACAGAAAAGUUAAAAUCACUACACAGACAGUUGAAGAAACGAUGUCAAAUUUAAUUACUACAGAUCAAAAAGUUGAAACAACAAUUACUAUUGCAGAAACUGCUAAAGUGGUUAAAAUAGAUUCAGACAAUGAAACUGAAAAAUCAAAAUCAACAACAACAACACUUCAAAAAAGUCCCAAAAGUCCUAAAAUAGCCAAAUCACCUCAUUCGCCAAAAUCACCUGGUACAAUAUCACGAUCAUCACAAUUUACACCUUGCAAUUGUGAAUGUAAUCCAGCCGACUUUGAGAAUACAACACUUAGUCCAGAUGAAAUACAACAAGAGACUUGCAGACUUAUAGAAUCACCGAAACAAUCACCAAAAAUGCCAAAUAAACAUAAAUCUUUGGAACAAAUUACUAAUAUUGUAACUGAAGAUCCUCACAAGCACUGUAGAUGUGUUUGUGGCAAUAGAACUACAUAUUUAAAUGAAAUUAAAAAAGAUGAUGAUGAAGAUGAUGAUCUGUCGUUAAUGUUGAUUGGCUUAGCACAAUUUACACCAGCUGCAAAAUUAUUCAAUAUGCGAGCAAUGCCUACUGCCCCAUUACCUACACCAACAUCUACAAAUCCAAGUGAUGCAACGUUUUUGCCAACUAUUGCAGUGGUGCCACCAACACCCGAUGCAAUUCUUACAAAAACUUCAACGAAUGUUUGGGAUAACAGCUCUACAAAUAAAAUUACAAGCACAACUGCAAAUUCUCACAUACACCAAAUACCACAUCAAGCCAUACUAGAAAAUAUUCCUGACGAUUCAUGUGAUGAAUCACCACUAGACGAGGAACCACCUUAUCGUCCUAUGAGUAGUACAUUACGCCGUUAUGGCACCAUGUCCAGUUUGGAAAAAUUGCCGUCCGAUGAUCGAUUAGACGAUGGUGAAUUAGACGAUUUGGAUGAUGAUGGUGAAGAAGAUCUAGAUGAUAAUGCUCGUGCUGAUAAUGUAGACAAUAUAGAUGAUGAUAUUAAAAUCGUAACUAAAUCAUUGUAUGAUACCGAAAAUGAUAGUGUAUCCGCUAAUGGUUCUGCUUGGACAAGUAGAGCAGGCUCAUUUGUUACUGGUAGAAUGUCAUUCUUCGAGGAAUCUCGUGCCUUUAUUGAUAAAUAUUUAGGUCGUUGGAAUCAAGACCAAACGCAGGUACAACCUACCUCAGAAACCGAUGAACAAAUGGAUGAAUGCACCUCUGGUGCAACAUCUGGCGAAGAAGUUUGGGGCACACCAACAAGUGGUGGCGAAAAUGAUGAUAUGCAAUUAUUAAGCUCGGAGAAUACACACUCGUCACCGACAAGAUCAAGCAAUUCAUUGGACGAUGAUGAUACAGAACUUAUGAUGGAUGAACUUUUAAUGGCACCACCCAUGAGUGCAAGUACAAUACGCGGACUAUUACCACGACGUCGAUUAGAACCACUCUUCGAGGAGGAGACUGAAAGUGAUGAAGAAAAAACUCAACAAGAGAGUGAAGAGUUGCAAAAGGGGGAAACAACGACAAAUGGCCACGAUUUAGAGGAUUCAGCUGGAAGUUCAAGCGACGAGGAUCUGGCGAACGAGUACGAGGAGGAUUACGAUAUGGAUGGGGAGGAGGAGGAGCCAACUUCUAUGGAGGAACGCAUACAACCACAUCUGCAAACGACAGUAUUGGGACCACGUCCUUUACAAAGUCCACAUGUCACGCAAAUACCUCCAGCUGUGCUGAAGGCAUCAUCCUGCGAGUACCUCUUAGAACAACAUUCAGUUGUGGCUUUGCAGACCAGCAACAGUUGCAGCAACAACUCGAAUCUAGCGACAGAUAUGCCCAACAACAACAAGCCGGUGAAAGUAAUCGAAGAAACUACGAAAACAACAUUGACGAACACUACUUCCAUGACAGUGAAUCAAACGAUGCUGAAGAAUCAACCUCAUUCAUCGAUUUCUACAACAAUCAAGAACGAGAACGUCACUAUCAGCAAAGACAACACAGAAUACACCUCCAAAACCAACGCAUCCAUAACAAUUGUACGUCAGGCGAAAUUCAUACCUCCGCCGCCGCCACCACGUCGACUGCUGCUAACACAGACAAAUUUAAAGACGAGUGGCAGCGAUACAACGAAAAUACCACCGCAUCAACAAAAGUCUGGAGGUUUUGCUGACAUUGGCUCUUCAGUGGAUGCCAAAGGCGUAGGCAACGUUGCUACAGGUAUCCACAGCCACAAAACUACUACAACAGCAAUGACGACAUUACCAACGAUGACAAGGAACACCAUGGCUGCCUGCAAUAUCAAAAAUUAUAUCACAAAUACCGCACCAAAAGAAAAACGACUCUCGUCAACAAUAAUCGAAACUUCCCUCUUGGGGACAUUAGACAAACAAACAACCUCAACUUCAUCACUAACAGUUUCGACAAUGAAGGCAGAUCGGAAAUUAGUCCAAACAGAACAGCAGGUACAACAGCAGGCAACAACUAUGAACAAAGCGAAAGAAAAUCAAGAAGAAAAAUGUUCGGACUCGCAAGUUGCCCUAAAGCACGCUGGAUCCGGUUUAAGUCCAAGACUGGAAAUGCGUUUAGCACUCAAUCACGAUAUACUAGGCGACGAAGACUUGAUCAGUUACGAUCCUGGACCAGAUCUAACAACGAUUCUGGGACACGACCUCUCAACAUAUCAUCGUCUGACGGGUCGAGAUUUAUUGCAUCGUUCAGCAACGAAUCGCAUACAGCCAAAAGAAGCUGUAAUAUCGUUCUCACAACAGCGAAACUCGAAGAUCGAUACACCAACAGUGAACCGUCGCCCACGACCGAUCAGCACAGGACAAAUCGGACUGGGUGGUUCAGCUCGUGUAGGAGAAGCUCCACAACCCCUGCAACCAAAUCGAAAUACAUGGAGCAAUUUUGCAUCUGUGGAUCAAAACACCGACGUGAACGAAAGAGGAGACGUCAACAACAAAAAUUACAAUUACAACAGAGGCGAGAACAAAUUAAGCGAUCUCGAAAUCUUAGCGAGACAAGAGAUGAUAUACUCCACGUCUCAAUCGAGGAGUGGCUCACAAGUGAAGAUGGCGACAAUGACGACGAAGACCUCAACAAUGUUAACGAAGAGCAAAGAAUACUUGAACAAUCCUCAACUGAUGAGGACGACGAGUAUUACUUCGAUGGGCGGAACAGUGAAUGAAACAGUUGACAGUACAAAUUUGCGAGUACGCAAAAUUGGACGAGAUGAAACUGCGCUUAUGGAAUCCGGUAAGGGCAGCAAAUUAAUUAAUUUCAUAAAACGACGUAAUUCCGAAGUUCCGCUUUCACCCAAUUGUUCACAUAGUUCUCUCAGUGAAUCUAAUGCAAGCACUACACCGAUACAUAAACAGAUACAAAUGUCGCCGAGAAAAGAUAAUGACAAACCCUCCCUAAAUCGUCGUUUAUGGAAGCAAAUAACUAAGAGAAGACGUGCUAAUUCCGUGUCAGAAAUAGCAGCUAGCUAAUUUUGUAUUAUAAAAAGUUUUAUGGAAAUACUUUAUGAAUUUUAUGAGCA